CAAGUUGCGACAGUUUCAACAGUAACAACUGAAUACACCUGUAUAUGACAAACUACCAUGUCCAGCAUAACAGUACUAGCCGGACUAUUUGCCCUGAUUGCCGUUACUGGCAACCUUGUCGGCGUUAACGGAGUAACCACAGCUAUCAGGCCAUCUUCAACAUCAGCACCUGGCAGUGCAACAGCGUUAACACCAACGCGGUCAAUGUCAAUGUCUAUGUCGGCGUCUCCAACUGCUGUAAUGUCGUCAUCUGUUGCUCCGUCGGCCACCGCAUCUACACCUGUAUCCACAUCUGUUGUCCCCCCGACAAACACACCACCACCGAGUACAACCGGGGGCACGUCGGAGACAAGUUCUUCCACCAUCCUCUUCUUUACAAUAAUCUUGGCAUCUCUGUUUCUCAUCGCCGUCGCAGCUAUGUAGACGGGACGUCAACACGACGCCAUCAUUACGCCAUUGUGGCGUGAACAUGACGUGGUCAUCUUUACGUGAUAGUAAUAUUAUUGUUACAAUGUAAAUACAUCGAUGAUAUAGACCCAGAUGUUGGCUUGAUACGAAACGUUUUGCAAACCAUGUUUUUGCAAGGUUAUUUAUGCGGGUGAUUUAAGUGAUGUGAUUAUUGUAUGUGUCAGUGGGUAUGAAGAUUGGCAUGACACCAACAGGUCGACUAAUCCGAUGAACACUCUGGCACCCAAGCUGAACCCCAGAAACUAAGACACUCUGGCACCCAAGCUGAAGCCCAGAAACUAAGACACUCUGAGACUUUGAUUACCUACAUAAGGAAAUUAAAAACACAUUUUUAUAAAAAUAAUUUUACUUAUAAUUUCAAAAGACAUAUAACAUACUAAUGAGUUUUCUUUCAUGUGAGUGACUGAGUUGCGGUCAAGUAAAUUAAGACAUUACAUGGCAACUGAUUGUUCCAGAAACACAAUUAAAGAACAGUCCAUGGCUACACAGGUGUGUAUGGUUUUGCAUGUUAACCGAUUGUUCCAGAAACACAAUUAAAGAACAUUCCAUGGCUA